ACACAAUCUCACAACCUAUCAUGUGCCAUCAGGUUUAGGCUUAUACGACAGCGAGGCUGAGGACCAAACACGCUGAAGUUUCCACCAGAAAGGCCUCAUUCCUUUCAUCUCCCAAGAUGAAAGGACUGGGGGAAUUACUCGGAAAGGCUCGUUUGUCAGAAACAGCCACCACCCCAGACACCUCAAGCCUCCCCACAUUCACACCCUUCCCCCGCCUUCCCACCGAGCUCCGCACCGCCAUCUGGCGCGCCGCCCUACCAUGUAACCUCCACAUCACCGAGCUUCUCAUCUACAACAAAAGCAUCGCACCCCAUCUUAUUGCCCACACGAUCUUCAGCGUCAACCGUGAGUCCCGCGCCGAAGCAUUCCGGGUCCUGCUGAACGCCCCACCACCGUACAGCUUGCCCGCCGACCCGGGACAAGACAUCAUUUCCCUUGAUCCGCGGAUAUGGAAUGACCUACCUCACAUGUCCGUCGGCAAGGCGCCUAUACGCGCCGCUGUCAGCGAUGUCGAUCGUGCCUACCGAUUCGUCGCUUCGACGCUGGUGGAUAGCGAGGGAGGUCGGUUCGACAGCCUGCCAGUUGACAUGCGGUUCUAUUCAGCGUAUGGCCACAACAAUUUACCUGCGGGCCCGCGGGACUUCCAAGGUAGGCCGCUGAGGAUGGAUUUUUUUUGUGUUGCGAGGAAGUUAGGGAGGGGGAGGGGGGGGUUGGGGGGGGGAUUCUAUGUGAACAGUGCGGAUGGUGGGGACGGAUUGGUGGGGAUAAGUGGGAGGAAGGACCAGGGGUCGAAGAAGCCUGUUUUGCGGGUUGUGUAUGUGUUAUAGUGAGAUGCUUGGGUGGUACAUGGGGGGACUUCGGGGAGCAGGCAGGGGAGCGCUGCAAUUCGGGCGUGCCGAAUUCUUCAUUUGUUAGCUUUGGCAUCCUAUUUUUCACACCUAUCCAUGGGCAAGGUACUAUCCAGUUUGCAACGUAUCUUUUGGUUGGGAGAACGGCAGGGGAUAGUAAGCAGGUGACUUUCUAAUAUGCUGGCAACCGGAACGGUCUUAUAUUUCAUGCCUGCACAAGAGAUGGUGCAUCAGCGCAGAUAAACGUUGGAUUUCGAAAAUAUAGCUAUAUAUCUCUAUGAUCCGUCCGAAC